CGCGUCUCAACCACGCCCGCCCUCCCACAACCUCACCUCACCACACUCCCAAGGACAACGCGUCCUUGCUUUCAUCUCUCAGUUCAUAUCAUUUCGUGUCUCGUUCACGACGCGCCUACACCUACAAUGGUCAAACGCGCCACAAAGAAAGACGCCGAAGAUGGCGGCGCAGAGCUGAUGGUCUCGAUCGAUCAGUAUGUCAAGACCAGAGAUCAGGUUAUCGUUUCUCUGACGAACCUACAAGCCGGCCUUGCUCACGUCCAAAAUGGACUGAACGACUUGUUGCGCUCGUACAUGCAACACACUGCGUCAGUCAUCGCCGGCGAAGACGUCGACAUCGAGAAGCUUCAGCUCCCUGCCAGCGUCACUGCGAGCGCAAAUGCCGCCAUUGAGGCUGCGAGCACUGCUGCCACUGGCGUAGCGCAGGCCGUCACCGCCGCCACUGCCGUUGAAGGAACUGCAGAGCCAGGCGCGACAAAGAAGCGCAAGCGCGAGAAGAAGGAAAAGAAAGAAAAGGAUCCCAAUGCGCCUAAGCGACCACUGACGGCUGCGUUCUUGUACCACCAACACGCACGCGCCGUCGUUCGCGCCGAUCUCGAGGCCUCGCUAGCUCCAGGCGCAAAGCUCGAGCCGAAUGCCGUCAACCUCGAGGUGAACAAGCGAUGGAACGAGAUGAGUGAUGAGGCCAAGGAGGAGUGGAGAGAUUCCUACCGCAAGUCCAUGGAAGAAUACAAGGAGAAGAUGAUCGAAUAUGAAGCCAAUGGUGGCGCCGCGGGAGCCGCUGCCAGGGUUGCUCAGGUCCACGAGGACGAGGAGGCAUCUGACGAAGACAUGGUUGACAUCGAAGCUGACGCCGAAGCCGAAGUCGAGGCCGACCACGAAGCUGGCGCCGCAGACUCUGAUGCAUCGUCAGACGAGGACGAGAUCCCAGCGAAGGCGCCCACCCCUCCUCCCCCCGCGAAGACUCCCCGCGCCAACAAGCGCCAGAAGACGACAGCCCAGGCCCCUGCAGUUAACGGCAACUCAGUACCCACCCACGUCGCACCCACCGCAUCCGUCGCGUCGCCUGUCCCCCUCCCUCGCCAGAACCAAGUCGUCAUCCCUGUCUCCAGCGCCGCCGAAGUACCCGCCGCGACGCCCGUGAAAGAGAAGAAGGAACGCAAGAAGAAGGAGAAGUCUGCCAUCCCCCAACCCAUCGCCCCAGCCCCUGCUUCCUCCCAGCACGAGCCCAGCCCCGAGGAACCCAGCAAGAAGAAGCCCAAGAGUAGCCGCAGCACGCGCGCCACCGAGGCCGCAGAAGACGCCCAGGAUAAGGAGAACGUCGCCGCGCCAGAGAAGAAGAAGGAGAAGCGCGAUCGCUCGAAGAGGAAGAGUGAGGUCACUGCCGCGUAGACCUUGAUCUGAGAAUUCGACAGAGCCUGGAUUGGUUCAUUUGUUCAUUAGUCUUGGUACACUGGCUUGCGGACGCAGUUGGAUCGCCCUACUGAAAGCGAAUCAUCGGAUCGAGACGCAGAGGUGGUUUGCCACGUGCGUUUGUAUGUCUUACCGCGCUUCCUUCCCAACUAUUUACGGGCGUUUUCGCAAAUGUUUUGUUUUGUGCUAUGCGGAUUUGGGGGAGAAGAAAAAAGGUUCUCAGGAGAGGGGAAGCGUGUGUUUACCCCCUUGGAUGAGCUUCGCACUUCCUACGCGCAGCUUCGGUGGAGUGGUUGGUCGUUUUCUUCUUCAUAUGUAUCUUGCUGUACAUUACAAUUGAUUGGUUAUCUG